GAGCUGGGCGACAUGGUCCUGACAGGACUCAUCAGGAAACUCGGUCACCCUCUGGCCGAGAUCCGCGAGCGCGCGCUCCGGAGCAUUGUGUGCAAGGUGGAGCACGGGCUGGUCCUGCCGGCCGACCUGGUCCAGGAGCGGCUGCUCUUCCUGCACCUGCUGCAGUGGUUCACCUUCCCCGCCGCCGCCGGGCCGCUCCAGGAAGAGGUCCUCGCCUUGCUCGGCAAGUUAGUGAAGCACCCUCCAGCUGUCCAGCACCUGGUGGACCUUGGAGCUGUGGAGUUCUUGUCCAAGCUCCGCUCUAACGUGGAACCGGACCUACAGGCUGCCAUCGAUGGCGUCCUGGACGGGCUGUUUGUCCUUCCUUCUGAAAUCGCUACCCUGCAGCCCACGCCAAACCAGCCCAACCUGACCGAUUUUCCCCACAAACCUGAUGUCUUGACAGGAUAUUUCCCUCAAGACAAGAGCUGUCUCCAACGACUGGAAGAGCCUCCCCUAGGAGCGGAGAGCCAAGCUGUGCGAUGUGUGAAGUUCGCCGCGUGCCCGUGGCUGCCACUGACCACCACCGACAGACACGUCCUGUCUUCCAACGAAAGCUCGCUGCGAAGUAACAACCACACUGUGAUUUGGAACACCUGCGAACUCCUGCAGGACGUCAUCAUGCAAGACUUCCCCGCCGAGACCUUCCUGCAGAGGCCACAGGUGGUCCGGGGCCUGCUAGCCCUGCUGAGGCUGGCCUCCGGAGGACACGGCCAGCACCGUCUGGCCCUGCAGGCCUUGUCCUGCCUGCAGCAGCUUUGCUCCAACCUGAAGACCAGGCUCACUUUUCACCAGGACCCCGGCUUCCUCUCCAGCAAAGCAGACAUAGUUUCCCAGAAUUCUUCUUUGUCAUACUGUCAUGAAGCCCGAGGGGCUCACCAUUCCCAGAACCCCUCCCCAGGGAGCAGCAGCCCUCGGCCCUCUGUGGUCGGGCGCACGGGCCAGCGUCCUCGUGGGGACGGCCAGGACUGGGAUGCAGUGUCUUCCAGCGGAAGCAGUAGUCAGGCUCAUGGGGACUCCAGGACGUCUGCGCUGUCUCCCCUGGACGUGGGGCAUGUGGACCUGCCCGAGCUGGGGGCUGAGGACACCCUGGGGCUGCAACUCCAGCAGCUCAGUCUGCCCCAGUUCUGUGUCUCCGUCCUGGAGACGGCUGUUCCUCUCCUGAGGACAGGCAGUAGACAGAUGGUGCUGAGAGUGCUGGAACUGCUGGCUGAGGACCUGGUGCUUAUUGGCGACGCGCUUUCCACCGAGGUCUGGGAUGACCCCAGCCCCUUCGCCGUCGACAUGAAGGAGAGGCUGCUGGCGGUGCUGGAGUCCCUGGGCAAGACCCUGUGUCACCACCGGGGUAGUGGGCAUGCCGGGCAGCCAGAGGCCCUGCUGGUAUACCACCGCUCGGCCUUCGUCAGCAUUGCCCUCUUGAGCGUGCGGCUCCUGCAGACCCUGCUGCCCGUGGAGAAGGCAAGCCAGCUUCUCCCAGAACCUAUGUCGGCCGCCUUGUUCCUCCUCGCUCUGGACAUGCCUUUCUCUCUGGAGUACCCGCACACGCACGAGGCCGCCGUGGCUUACUUGGAACAGCUGGACUCGGAGAACUACCGCAUCUACAGAAGGACCGCCGAGGCCGCCUACUCAGUGGAGUGUGCCUGUAACUUCAUGGCAGAUGUGGAGAAGGAGGGAGAGAAGGACGUCUUGGAGCUCCUGGAGCUGGCGGAGCAGGCCCUGUGCAGCUUCCCUUUCCAUCAGCAUCUCCCGCUCGUCCGGGAAGUCAUCUGUCUCUGCUCAAGGAUCGAGAAGUCUGCUCAGGCCAGUCCACUCCUGUGUGGGGAGGGCCAGAAGGUGCUGCUCCGCCUGCUAUCUCACCCCCUGCUGCAAGUGAGGGCGGAAACCUACCGCAGCUGCUUGGAGAUGACCAAGGAGUGCUUGGGCGUCCAUAACGUCACGCAGCCCGUGUCUUCAGUUUGUAGUGGGAUCCACUUUCUCCUCCACCCCAAAGUGCUCUAUGAAAUUGCCACAUUCGGCAUCCAAGAACCCAGCAGUGAGGUGAACACUGCUGCCAAGGCCAUUUUGAUGUACCUGCUGCAGGGCCGCCUAAUGAUGACAGCGCCCACCUGGAGCAAGUUCAUCUCGUCUCUGGGCCCCGUGCUCCCGGUGCUGCAGGGCUAUGCCGACACCGAGGACCCUCUGGGGAGCUGCGUCCUGCUCCUGAGCCGAGUGGGCCCCGAGGCUGGAGGAGGGGGCCUGCCCCGCCUGCCCUGGCUACGUUCUGUGCUGCGGCUGCUCUUGGUGAAGAAGCCCGCGGUCCGCUCCCUGGCCUUGAAGCUCCUGACUUUCCACCUCACGCAGGAAGAUGGGGCCGACAGGAAGCGCCCCCUCAUGGACUCCCAGGCCCUCUCCAGGGUCACACACUUGUUCAUUGUGAAGAAGCCCAUUGAGCUCACUCUGGAUGAUAGAAGAGAAGUCGUCAUCAAGGUGGAGAUGGUUGAAAAAGUGUUUGCAAUCUUUACGUCAGAUGACGUUGAUUUUCUUUUGAGGAAGUCCGCUGCUGAGCAGUUGGCUGUCAUUAUGCAAGUAACACAAAAUGAAGAAGAAUAUGCAACCAAGACCGGAGGUGGCCAGCAGAGCCAAGAAUUUCCUGCCAUAGACUGUCUAAUCCCCCCGAGCCUCACUCUCUUUAGAAAAGUGCUGUGUGCUGACCCAGCCCUACGCAUCUCCCUCUCACAGAGGCCACCCCUCCUGGACCUGCUACUCAGAGUUUCCUUGCUGUUCCAUGAGGAUUGUGCUGCUGUGACGGAAGUAGGAGCAUUAUUUUGUCUUUUGCUGUUUGACGAAGUAUCAAGAAUGGACGUUUGGUCACUUGAUCCUUCCAGUGCACCUGCUUCGCCCUCAGUCUUCAGCCUGCCUCUGUCAGUUAUUAGAAGGUAUCACCUGCCAGUGCUGGUCCGAGGCCAUCACGCAGUGAGUCCCCAUGCCAUCGUCCUACCCCUGUCUGCUGACACUUUGGCCCUGAAGCCCGUCUCAGAUAUGUUGAGAGUAGCUUGGAACCUGUCCUGGUGUCACGGGAUUGACAAUCUGUGGAAGCAAACGAGCACAGCCAACAGAACCCCCGAGUUCCUCGGUUCCCUGAAGCUGACCCCUGAAGAUAGUCUGACUCUGAAAGUCACACACAGGGCCAGUGGGCUGCAGGACUGCCUGCGCGCCAUCAUCCAGGCUGCUGCCCACAGGGACGUCCGGGCUGCCAUCACCAGGAUGGGCUACUACCUUCUCAAUGACCGGCUGUCUUUACAGAGUGGCUUCGGCCCCUGCUCAGCCCUCCUGAAGUCCCAGGCUUGGCACAUGGCACUCAACAGGUUUUUACAUGUGCUUCCUGCCUGCACGGAAGAUGAGAAGCUGUUGAUCGAUGUCAUACAUUUCCUAAACGACUUGCUGAAGGAGCAGCGGAGACAUUCCUCAGUAGAGCUGCUGAGCUGGAUUCUAGAACUACUCCUGAGGCAGGGUCCAAACCCACUGCUAGACUUGCUGGUUCCGGCAGAGUCCCCGAGCCGAGAGGACUCAGAUGAUGUCCGUGCUGCUGUCCGGCAGCAGCUUCAGAAGGAGCUGGUCACCCUUUUCAAUACCUUGCUGCUCUUGUCCUCGGCCGUCACAGACAGGAAAUGCCGGGAGCUGCUCCGCGUCUUCCACACGCAGCUGGCGCUGAGGCUGCUGCAGUGCCUGCGUGUGACCGAUGCCCCCCACUUCUACGGCCUGCCUUCUCUGGAGCGGACCCUGCGGGGUAUGGCGCACCUCACUGCCACCCAGGGCUGGAGCGCCCACUCGCCACUGACCAAGCCACUGGACAUAUGUGCCAAGUACUUGUCUGGGCUCCUUGAGGUGAUCACCUCGUUCUACGUGGAGCGAGGAGGAAACGCCAUGUCCUUCAUGGGGAAGGGCGUCACCAAGAGCGCCGUGCUGUGCCUGCUGCAUUUGUCCCACGAGAUGAUGACCCAGGCCCGAGGCUCGGACUGGAUGUCCCUGUGGUUUCUGCCUCUGGGCCACAGUGAAGAGCUGGUGUCUACACAGCAGGGCCUGGCCUGGCUGAUCCCGCUGUGGGUGGAUCGGGACCCGGAGGUGAGAUUCACCUCCCUAGCACUGGGCGCGGCACUGACCACCCUGGAAGCCGGCUGUGCAGCCUUGGCCAACAGUUGUCAGAACAUCUCCGGAGGCCUCUGGGGAACCGUCAUGAACAUCCUCCUGGACCCAUCGGAAUGCAGCAUGGUGCGCCGGGAGGCUGCGUUUAUUCUUCAGAAUCUGCUUGUGAUUCCAAUGCCGAGUGAAAUCAUAAAGGAUUAUACAUGGCAGGGCCCCUGUGUGCACGAUGAGGAUUCGGGCUUGUCUCUUGUGGGGAAGCCUGCCCUUCAGGCCCUGGUGCAGCACUGCCAUUUCUACGAGCACUUGAGUCAGCUGGUGCAGCGCUGCUUCCCUGGACGGUACGCCUUUGAGCUGAGCUGUUCUGCCCCGGGUGGAGUUUCAGACGGCAGUGACUCCAAUGGUUUAGAUGACUCCUUCAAGUUCUGGAGGACUCCGUCUACGCUCUCCAGUCAAGACCAAGAUCCAAGUUCUCUCUCCACCUCGGAAACAAUGGUGGCACCUUCAGCAGGCAGUGCUGAGUUCAGGUCUCUGGUAUCGCCGGCAGCGCUGGCCGUGGAAGCAACUGCAGAGCACUUCGUGGUCCCAGGUCAGCAUGAAGCGACGUGGCCAAGGCCUCCACGUGACUCCUCCUUCUCGGCUCUUCUGCCCAAACCUCCAGUCUGGGUCACGCCCUCUCUCCUCUCGGCUAUGUGCAGCCUCUUGGACAACCUUGUGGCCAUCGCUCCAGGGGACACUACAGAGGCCCUCCGACAGGCCCAGCUGCUCCGGCGACUCUGUAGCAUCGCCGAUUCUGCCCUCGUGGAGAAGUGUGUGCAGGAGCUCAGCACAGCCCUGCCUUCCUCGUCUCCGGCGGAGCACACUGAGGCCCAGGUCUCCUUCCUCCUGGAGUACCUGUCCUCUGUGACCAGGCUGCUGCAGUCCUGCCUGCUGGUCGACCCUGGCUUAGUGGGCCAGGACGAGCUCCUGAGGCCGCUGCUCACAAACGUCGUUGGAGUUCUCACCAUUUCUACUAAAAGCAUCGCAGAUACAGAGCUGGGGCCGGCUUUUCAUUGCACAUGGACUCAUCUGUUUAUCUUCCUGGUGGCUCUGCUGAGGAGAGCAGCGGCUGUGUCUCUCCCCUUGGUGACAGUGGCACUGGCCAGGCGCUGGGCAGCGGUGACUGCUGAUCUCGUCGACACCUGCGUGGAGCAGAUGAAGCACAUUGGUGCACAGUUGAACCUCGAUUCCCUGCGGCCUGCGAAAGCAGCCCUGAGGAAAAAGGUAACUGAGUCAGACUUGGUGGGUGGCGGUGGCCACUUCUACGUUUCCCGCCCAGACCUAGGGUCAACGUGUUGGUACAGAGCCCAGGGGAUGUGGUCAAGGUGCCCACCCCUCCCUCCACCAGGAAUGAGGACCAAGGCAGCUCAGUCUCUGGUGAUCCCUGUGGGUGAGGCUCUGGAAGCGGGAAUUCAGCUGCAUCCCCAGGGGCUCACACCAGUGCUGCCCUCUUUCUUCUCUGCCCAGGAGGCGGCCCUGGAGGCCCACCUCGCCCCCGUCCUGCACUCCCUCUGGCCGUGGCUUAUGAUGAAUGACUCUCUGCUACAGAUUGCCCUGCAGCUACUGUGUGUCUACACAGCGAACUAUCCGGAAGGGUGCAGCUCGCUCUGCUGGCCCCCACCUGCCUGCCGCAUGGUCCCGGGCAGCUCGCUGAUGCUCUGUGUCCUGAAGCUGGCCGCCCAGAUGCCGCUGGAGAACAGUGCCAUCCAGCAGACCGCUUUCCUGUCCCUCUCCAACCUGGCCUUGUCCCACGACUGUAAAGGGGUCAUUCAGAAGAGCAACUUCCUGCAGAACUUCCUCUCCGUGGCCCUGCCGAAGGGUGGUGGCCGGCGUCUCAGCAGGCUGGCUGGUCUGUGGCUGAAGCUGCUGCUCAACAUCUCGCUGGCCGAGGAUGGGCAGCAGAUGAUCCUGCGGCUGGACGGCUGCCUGGACUUCCUCGCUGAGCUGAGCCGCUACACGGCUCGGAGCAGCCCCGCCAUGCCCCUCCUCAUCUUCCACAACAUCUGCUUUGGGCCGGCCAACAAGCCCAAGAUCCUGGCCAAUGAAAAGGUCAUCAAUGUGCUGGCUGCCGGGCUGGACAGUGAGAACCAGGCCGCUCAGAGAAUUGGAGCUGCAGCACUGUGGGCUCUGAGCCACAAUUAUCAGAAGGCUAAGGCAACAUUGAAGAACCCUUCAAUAAAGCGAAGAGUGGAUGAAGCCUAUUCCUUAGCAAAGAGAACUUUCUCAGACUCAGAAGAAAGCUCUCUCAAUGCCUACUACCUGCGCUGCCUGGAGAGCCUCGUGCAGUUGCUCAGCUCCUCCUGACCACCAGGAGGCGCACUUCACAUCCGGAGGGUCAGCUGGUGGUGGCAGCCCUGCAGCAGGUGGUGUCCCUCCUGGCAGGCGGCUAACUGAUUGCCCACUGAGUCCCUGUAAGGGGAGUCCUGGACGUUUCAAACUCUGCCCACCCAGCAGGUCUCUGAAUCAGAGCUGUGGGCAGGAAGAGGAUGAGCAAAGAGACCCAGGACAUUCCGUGAUAUACACGGUUUUACCUUUUUCUAUGCAAUUUGUUUUGUAAAA